AUGGUAGCCAAGGGGUAUAAACCCCAAAUGCUAUGGGCAAUAAUGGAACCAGAUUCGCAGAAGAAUUCUGACUACACGGUCGUCUUGAGUUCAGGGAAACGCCUACUUCAAAAGCUCGCAUACGGAUGUAUACCCAGUUUCUUACAGAGAAGAACGAUACGACCUAGUUCGCCAAAGACGCAAAAGUUACAUCCCACUUCAUAUCUCGAUGGCCUCCGCGGGGUGGCUUCCUUCAUCGUGUUCAUGGGGCAUUAUACUGAGGAGAAUAUUGGAUGGUGGACUGAGCCAUAUGGACUUUAUGAGGAUGGUGCCCCGUCAUCACCUAUACAACUCCCAUUUGUUCGAGUACUAUAUUCUGCCAGGCCAAUGGUACAUAUAUUCUUCAUAAUUUCUGGAUUCGUCCUCACCUACAAACCUCUUAAGCAAAUACACUCUCAACAAUACUCGGCACUUGCAUCUACAUUAUCGUCGUCCGUCUUCCGCCGCGCAGUCCGUCUCUUCUUGCCAUCCUUCAUAACACUCCUUAUAAUGUCUAUGGCCGUAUACUAUGAGCUCUCUGAAGCUCGAUACGGAUUUCCCCUAUGGUCACUCAGCGCCCAGAUUGGGAAUUGGUACGAAACUUGUUGGCAGCUUUUACAAUCAUCCUGGAGGUGGGACGACCCUUCAUUGCCUCUGCCACGUUAUAAUCCAGCACUUUGGACAAUCCCUGUGGAAUUCGCGCAAUCGAUGCUUCUAUUUAUUGUUAUACUUGGGCUUUCUCAUGCUCGUAUAAAUAUGCGGCUCCUCAUUCUAGCAUGCAUCAUGUCUUUCUGUUUCUGGAGCGCGCAAUUACACGCCGUUGAAUUUCUAGGCGGAAUGUUCAUUGCCGAAGUUACACUCCUCCAAUCAUAUAACUCGACGCCAUCCAUCUCUGCCGAAUCCUCCCCCAUCCUUCCUACUACCGAAUUUGGCGAUGAAACCAGAAAAUUAUCCAUUGAUACAGCAUCCGAGACUUCGAGUAUCAGUACGGCAUCCAAUAAAAACAUUUGUAUGAAGGUAUUCUGGAUUUUCAACGUUAUAUGUGGUCUUUAUAUUUCCUCUUGGACAAACGAGCAUGUUGACGAAAUUCCAUUCCUCUCAACCCUCAAUGCGCAUACUCCGGAACCAUAUAGUGGGCAGAGAGUUUGGUUCUGUCUGGCAGCCUUUCAAAUCGUACUUGCAUGCACACAACUUACUAGCUUACAAUCUCUUUUCAAUCUACCAAUUCCUCAAUAUCUAGGCAAUAUAUCAUAUGCCCUCUAUUUGACGCACAAUCUUUGCCUCACAAUCCUCGAACCUCGUUUUGGACCCCUGUUCGAAAAUACGAUUGGAAAAGAUUCUUUCAUAGGUAGACAUGCUUUUUGGGCAGCCGGAUUACUAGUUUAUGGACCAAUUAUAUUAUGGACAGCAGAUGUGUUUUGGAGGGCAGUCGAUGUCCCGUCUACGAAAUUUGCGAGAUGGCUCGAAAGCAAAUGUUUGCUCAAGGAGGAUGAAAGUCCUAGGAAGAAAAACACCCUUUUUUAG